UCGCGCAGCAAACAAGCCGCUUUGCUCCAAGAUGUCUGCGCCCUGAAGGAUGCUGCUACCAGCGUGAAGGUGCAGGACGAGAAGCAGUGCUUUCAGUGGAUGGAUUGUCUGUUGACUCUGAGGCGGAUUUAAGGUUUUUUUCCAGACAAACCAGGAUGUCAAAAAUCUCCAAGGCAGCAAAGGCGGUGAAGAAACUGGAUUCAGGCAAUGUAAUCCGGGCUAUAGUGAGGUCAGGACAGGCUGCUCCGGGUCCCCCCCUGGGCCCCAUCCUGGGACAGAAAGGUAUCCCCAUCGGGCAGUUCUGCAAGGACUUCAAUGAGAAAACCAAAGAGCUGAAGGAGGGCAUCCCGCUUCCAAUCAAGAUCCACGUCAAGCCUGACAGAACGUAUGACCUGAAGAUUGGUCAGCCUACCGUCUCCUACUUCCUCAAACAGGCGGCAGGAAUAGCUAAAGGUGCCGGUAAGACAGGCCAAGAGACAGCUGGGAUUGUGUCGGUGAGAGCCGUGUACGAGAUCGCACAGGUAAAAGCUCAGGACGAGUGCUUCAAGAUGAGGGACUCCUCCCUGGAGACGGUCGUCAAGAGCAUCGUCGGCUCAGCCCGCUCGCUGGGAAUCAAAGUUGUUAACAAUCUCUCAGCAGAUGAGUACAAAGUCUUCUUGGAGCAGAGAGAGGAGAAGCUGAAGGCGGAUGCUGCAGCAGCUGCAGCAGCCGCCGCCGAAGCCGCAUCUGGCAAGAAGAAAUGAAAACCUGCAACUCUCUUCUUUAUUUCCACUUUAUACGUGUACUGAAUUCUUUAAAAAACUUGU